UUGAAGACCUCUUCUUUUUAAUUUCAUCAACAACAUAAAAGAAAGAGCUACCUAAAUAAACACUUCGGUACCAAUACAUUUAGUGUAUGAAGAGGAAAUAGAGAUGCUUAGACUGCAUACUGCUUGCAGUCUGCAGGUCCCUAAUGUCAGACAACCAAAGACUGGUGGAAGCAAUUCUGCUGGCCCUAAGUGGGGAUUAUUAGGAAGUGGUCGGCAGUUUCAGUUGCGGUCGUUGCAGGUCCAGGCCUUGAGAGAUGAAACUAAUAACGGAAGAGGAAGCAAUGGUGGUGCGAGUGGUUUCACCGGACGAAACUGGGAUCCAGGGUUGGAAAUUGGAGUUCCCUUUGACCAAAGACCGGUAAAUGAAUACUCAUCUCUCAAAGAAGGACCGAUAUAUUCAUGGGGAGAACUGAGUCCAGGUUCUUUUUUCAUUCGUAUUGGAACACUCUGGCUGAUCACCUUCACGGUUCUGGGUGUGCCAAUUGCAGCAGCAAGCUUUAAUCCCUCCAGGGAGCCUCUAAAAUUUGCGCUAGCUGCUGGAAUUGGAAGUCUAUUUCUGGUGUCACUAGUCGUUCUUAGGAUAUACUUGGGCUGGAGUUAUGUCGGGGAUAGACUUCUGUCAGCAGUUGUACCCUAUGAAGAGAGUGGAUGGUAUGAUGGACAAAUGUAUGUAAAGCCACCGGAGAUCUUGGCUCGAGACAGGCUUUUGGGCUCUUAUAAGGUAAAGCCAGUCAUCAAGUUGCUGAAACAGACACUAGUCGGCACUGGCGCAGUGCUUGUAUCAGCCGUGUUUCUGUUCGCCUUUGCUGCACCAGUGCAAGAUUUCUUUCAUACAAGAUUUUCUGAUCAAUCAAAUGUACCAACUUCAAACAUAUCAAAAUCCAACAUCAGAAGGGAAGAGUUGCUAAGCCCUCCACUAGAUGUGAAGGAUAACGAUGACCUAGCAGCAGCUGCUGCUGAGGCCGCUGAUGGCCGGCCAGUCUACUGCAGGGAUAGAUUUUACCGUGCAUUAGCAGGUGGUCAAUACUGCAAAUGGGACGAUCUAUUAAACUAGUGCACAAAAUAAACAUGCCUCAUCCUCAUUGUUAUUCUCCUAUAGUGUAAUAAUAUGGAAGCUUCAGUGAAUAUCAUAUAGUAACUAUUUUUGUGGAUCGACUAGAUUGUUAGUAUCAGAAAGCAUCUGGUACAAAGUAAUACCUUAAAUGAUAGAGAAAACAAGAACUACAGAUA